AACCAUCUAUAUAUAUAUAUAAUCCCCACCAUUCAUUUCAUCUGAUCCUUGAUCCUCACCUCCCCCAUGCCUGGUUUCACCAUGUUCAAGCUUUCAGUACUUCUCCUGAGCCUCCUCUCAAACUCACAGCUGGGUGAGUGGCCAGAAGCCAGUAAAAGCUUGGGGAUAACUCCACCAUCAUGCACCAGCAUCGAGUGCCCCAGCUAUGACGUGGUUCACCUUGGCAACGGCUAUGAAAUUCGCCGCUACAAUUCCACAGUGUGGGCGUCAACCUCCCCCAUUCAGGAUAUUUCUCUCGUUGAAGCUACCAGAACUGGCUUCUUGCAGUUAUUUGACUAUAUUCAAGGAAAGAACGAUUAUGGAGAACAGAUUGAGAUGACUGCCCCGGUGAUCAGUGAAGUCUCACCAAGUGACGGACCUUUAUGUGAAUCCUCAUUUGUGGUCAGCUUUUACGUACCAAAACUAAACCAAGCAGACCCACCUCCGGCGAAGGGACUUGCUGUCCAAAGAUGGAAACCCACAUAUGCAGCAGUGAGAGAAUUCGGUGGAUUUGUGGCCGACUCUGAUGUCGGAGUGGAAGCUGCUGCCUUGCAAGCCAGCCUUGCUGGCACCGUUUGGUCUGCCGCCAUCGAGAAAAGCCGUGGAGCUGACAACAAAUCAACCUACACUGUCGCGCAGUACAAUUCUCCGUUUGAAUUCGACAGCAGGGUGAAUGAAAUAUGGAUGCUGUUUAACAUCAAAGAUGAAUGACAUUCAUUUGAAGAGUUGUAGUCUUAUAUACAUGUAGAGAGAACUUCUAGGGUGAAUAUCUGAACUUCUCUGUAUUGAAAAACCCGAUCACCAUUGGUGUCCAAGUGCUUCCUAUUGUCUUGAAUAAAGUAUAACCACUUUUUUAUGA